UCGAGUACCGCAUCUGGGAUCCCGUGUCUAUGUGUUAGGAUCUUAUCUACCGGGUUGAUGCGUCGGUUGUAGCAAACAUGGUGUUUUUUAAUGGAUCCCUCAAACUAAAAAUUUGUGAGGCGAUUGACUUAAAGCCAACCGACUUCGCUACUAGGCAUGCUGUCGGACCAAACAAACAAGGGCAAAUUAUAGACCCUUACAUAGCAGUGGAUGUCGACGAUCAGCAAGUAGCAAGAUCGACGACGAAACCUAAAACUACCAAACCUUCAUGGAACGAGGAAUUUGUGACUGAAGUACACAAUGGUCAAAGUCUGGGAUUUACUGUGUUUCAUGACGCUGCCAUACCGCCGGACGAUUUCGUCGCAAAUUGUACGCUUUCCUUUGAAGAAAUUAAGGAGACGAAUUCGGAUAUUUGGGUUGAUUUGGAGCCAAGUGGGAAAUUGCAUCUCAUUAUUGAAGUGAGCGGGUCCGUAACAGAGGGAGUAUGUGGUGGGACCACUCACAGUUUCACAGAGCCACCGAAGGAGCGGGUCUUCAAGGAGAAGGAAGGCCUACUGAACCGCAGGCGUGGAGCGAUGCGCCGCCGGGUUCAUCAGGUCAAUGGACACAAGUUCAUGGCAACAUUGUUUAGGCAACCCACUUUUUGCUCACUUUGUAGAGAUUUUAUAUGGGGGCUUUGGAAACAGGGUUACCAGUGCCAAGUUUGUACCUGUGUUGUACAUAAGAGAUGCCAUCAACAUGUGGUGACCAAAUGCCCUGGCUCAAAGGAGGCUCCUGGGGAGGAUCCGGCUCUCUCUUCUUGCUAUCAGACCACAGGAGCUAGAUUCAACAUCAACGUUCCACACCGCUUCCAAGUGCACAGCUACAGGCGCCCGGCAUUCUGCGACCACUGUGGCUCCCUACUCUAUGGUAUCAUUAAACAAGGGUUACAAUGUGAAGCAUGUAAGAUGAAUGUACACAAGCGGUGUCAGAAGAAUGUGGCUAACAACUGUGGUAUAAAUACUCGUGACAUGGCCCAGGUCCUCCAGGAGAUGGGAAUACCUGCUGACAAGCUGCACAAGCGGGGCAAACCGCCUGGGGCCUCGAUUAGUGAAUCCCCGAACAAGACGACUGGUGGAGUACAUGGUAGGUCUAUGUCCUCACCCAUACCAUUAUUACCAGAUGAAUUAGAGACUUUACCAGAAGGAUGUAGAACAGAAGGUGACAAGCUAGCCGUGUCAGCUGCCAAUGAUCACCAGUUACCAAGGACACGAAGCCCCUCCCAGGAGAGAGGUGGUCGACAGAAGGAUAGAUAUACACUAGCUGAUUUCAACUUCAUCAAAGUACUGGGCAAAGGCAGCUUUGGAAAGGUGAUGUUGGCAGAGAAAAAGGGAACAGACGAGGUGUUUGCAGUUAAGGUGCUGAAGAAAGAUGUGAUUAUCCAAGAUGAUGAUGUGGAGUGCACAAUGACUGAGAAACGGAUAUUAGCACUCUCUGCCAAGCACCCCUUCUUAACGGCCCUUCAUUCCUGUUUCCAGACGAAGGACCGACUGUUCUUUGUUAUGGAGUACGUCAAUGGUGGUGAUCUCAUGUUCCAAAUCCAGCGGGCACGGAAGUUUGACGAGCCCAGAGCACGGUUUUAUGCUGCUGAAGUCACGCUCGCUCUAAUGUUUCUACACCGGCAUGGCAUAAUUUAUAGGGAUCUGAAAUUGGACAACAUUUUACUGGACGCAGAAGGUCAUUGUAAAAUAGCUGACUUUGGGAUGUGUAAGGAAGGGAUGUUUGAGAACAAGCUGACAUCCACCUUCUGUGGUACUCCAGAUUAUAUAGCACCAGAGAUUUUACAAGAGUUGGAUUACGACGCAUCGGUAGAUUGGUGGGCACUUGGUGUGUUGAUGUACGAAAUGAUGGCAGGACAGCCGCCGUUUGAGGCAGACAAUGAAGAUGACCUGUUUGAGUCAAUUCUACAUGAUGAUGUCCUCUAUCCAGUCUGGUUGAGUAAAGAGGCUGUGUCAAUUCUCAAAGGGUUCAUGACAAAGAACCCGGCUAAACGUCUUGGCUGUGUACGCUCCCACGGGCUAGAGAAGAGCAUUCUCAUUCACCCGUUCUUCCACGACAAGAUUGACUGGGAGGGCCUAGAACAAAGGCGUGUUAAGCCACCAUUUAAACCAAAAAUUAAAUCAAAGACAGAUGCCAAUAACUUUGACAAAGACUUCACUUCUGAAGAACCGGAGCUGACGCCUGUGGACCAGGCCGUGGUUAAGGCUAUCAACCAAGAAGAAUUCCGUGGGUUUUCCUUCACCAAUCCUGACUACGGCAAGCUGCAGAUGGUACCGGUCCCGGGACAUUGAUAAUCGUUCUCGUGGAAGCACCUGUCCACGUUCUGACAUCUCUGCAAACAACAACAACAACAACAGAACAAAAAAAAUUCGGGUUUUUAUCAAGUUACAUCUCUAGUCAUUUUACAGACAGACAAAAAAACAAAUUUGUUUGGAGAAGUGUCUGCCCUGUCGAUCAUCGCCUAGCACGUGGUGUGUGUCACUCAGAUUUUUAUCUUGUGCUUUCAAGGAGAUUUAUCAGUCAAUUAUGAUGUAAAAAAAAAAAAGUAAUUAUGAGACGGUACUCCGUGUGAGAUGUGUAUAAAGUUAGCAGAGCAGUCAGUUCACAUUUCUGUAUUCUGUGAGUAAUGAGGAGUCUUGAAAUGUCCUCUGUUGGUUUUCACAAAUUUAGAACAUCUUCCUUUGUGAUGUGCUCAUCUUGGCCCCUGCUCGUACAUGUGUACAUGUAUGUGUACUUGUGUACAUGUAUGUGUACUUGUCAUCCUGUUGGCUCCUCAGUGGUUCUGGAACGCCCUGAUCACACUCCUUCAGCAGUAGCAUCCUUCUUCGCUUACAGCAAACGUCAUGAGUCAGCCAUUGCACAGCUGCAUCUGCACCUCAGCCCCCCCCCCUCCCCUGCCCCUUCCAAUUCCAUCCUCACCAUGACUAUCAAUGUUUCCAGAUAGUUCUGAAACUUUAGCAAUUAAGUUGGAUGUAGAUAUUCCACCUCCUUCCCAUUUUCACAUUCAUUUUCAUGUCAACAUUAAAGAAUUAGUGAUUUUCUGAAAUUUCCAGGCAGGAAAACCAAGUUCGGUUGCAGUGUUUUGAGCUUUUUUUUUUUCAGUUCAUUUUGAUCUCCAUGAAAACCCGGUGUCAUCUGAUUUUUGGAGAAAAUGAAAUCUUUAAGGUAAACAAUAAGGGAAGGUUAUCUACAUAAUUACAGACAUUUUAAUUUUGUACUAAACUUAUAUUGUGUCCGAUACUUAAACAGUCCCCAUGGACAUCAAACUUGUGGAGGUAUGGAAGACCAAUAGAAACACAGUGUUAAGUUUUUGUUUCUUUGCUCAAGCUUAUCUGGAUUAAAAAAAUAGUACCUACUUACAAAUUGCAUCUGUCAAGAAACAUUCAUUUCACAUUUUAACAUGUCGUCCUCUUUCACUAGACAUUUUUAUUAAAUUUUUUUUUUUUUUCUCGGAUGUAUCGCAUGUUUAUCUGUAAAUACUGUUCCAGAUUUCCCAAUCUGCCUCUGUGUACAUGUACAUGUAUGAUGUUCAUUUUAGCCAUUUCAGUCCUUGAGGGAUUUAAUUUACACACUGUACUAGUUUACAUAUAUUGCUAUUGUUUUUAUACAACCUAUGGCUUCUCUCUUUCAAUGAGUUUGCAUCAAAAGAUUCAGCAAAAAACUACUCCAUAACUUGUACAUGUGUUUUAUGUAUGAACGUGGCUGUGCACACAGGGGGAGACAACUCCUCCUCCUUGGAUUGUGUAUUGCCCAUGAAGUAACCCAUGUAUUAGGCCGUCAGCAUUAGACUUUCCACAUAAUAGCUAUGCAGCCACUUGCGAUUUGUAAACCUUGAUAACAAAACAAUAGGAUUUACAGGCAGUCGUAAUACCACGUAUAAAUACAGGCUGUUGUCACGGCACAAAGAACGCACGACUGUCUACCGUAUGUAUUGAUGAUGAUGAUGAUCAUCAUCAUAGUGAUGAUUAGUGUUUUUAUGUAUUUUAAUACCUGUUUGUUAGUGUGUUUGUAUGUUUAUGAAACUAUUCAUGUUGUGAAGUGCAAUAAGCAUUGUGUGAUUGGUUUGCCUUGGUGAAUCAGGCAGGGGGUAAACCGUGAAUUUUCAGCUAAACGUUCUCCGCAGUGUGACAGAACAUUAUAGUAUUUCUCCUACAGAGACUGGUCUCCUAAGGACAAGAUGAACCUGCAUCUUUCACCUAAAUGAUUGGUCUGAUCCCUAUCAUGUGUGUUGAUUGGAAAUUACUUUCAGUUGCAAGAAAAGUUUCAGCAAUGAAAAAUUUCUUCUUCAGCAGAAAUACAAUAUGGACAUAGUAAUAAAUAGAUGCCGGGUUAACUCUGUGUUUAACAGGCAGUAAAACAUGCACAAAUUAAUUUGUAUCAAGUCUGCUUUUAUAGUUGAUUUGCUUAUUUUUACACAAAUUCUUUGAAGCAUAAUGGUCUUGUGAUGAAACGGUAAAUUUGGCAUAAAAGGGAAACAAGCAUCAGCAGCAUUUCUUUGAGGAAUGAGGAGAAGAAAGUAGUGGAAGUAUACAUAAGCGCUAUAAAGCGGUAGAGAAUAGGUUAUGUUAAAAAAAGACUUCAUUUAAGAUUCUUCUUCCUUGUCCUCACUAACUUAGAUCUGAAUUAAUUGCUGUCAGUGUUCAGUGGAAUUAUUGUAGAAAGACAGUGUCAUUAUUGUAGAAAGACAAUGUCAGUCAAGUAUUGGCAAAUGAAAGAGUAUGAUGUCUAAUACAUUUUUGAUAUAUUUCUAAAAUAACUUUCAUUGAAAUUCUAAUCUGAUAUCUGUAGACAUCCCCACUGGUCCUAGAAAUGUGAAACAUUUUUGAAGACUUUUAGCAUCCUUGCGGGUUUAUCCUCAAGUACCUGGUUUAUCAGUGUUAAAUAUCAUAUUGCACUUCUAAAAGGAAUAAUUUACCCAAAAUAGUAUGCAUUAAUGUUCACAGGAAAAUUUGUACUUAAACUGAAUGUUCCUUCAAUAAACAUUUUCUUCCACGGGUGAGACCCAUGUAGGUAGAACACUACAUCUAUGUGCAUGUGCGUGUUUUUGAAACCUGGCGGUACAGUGAUGCCAUGGCAGUUCUCUGUCAUUUCCUUCCAGGGCGGGUUAAGUGUGAUAUGUCUGGGCCUUGGAGCCUGUACUGAAACUGCCACAUACUUAAAAAGGCAUACAUAAAACAAAGCUUUUUGUGCAAUAAUUACAGAACUGCAAGCAUAAUUGUCAAGAUUAGUGUUCUAAGCAGCACCUGACAGUUUGGUUGACACUUACCAUAUUUGGACUCUUAAUGUAUUGGAGACAUGUUGUGUACAUGUACAUUGUAGACACUCACAGAACAGUCCAAGACUAUAUUAGGGCUAUGACUAUUCAACUUAGCGUCCAGUUUAUUUAUUUCUGGUGCAAAUUUUGCCUGUUAACUCUCUUUUUAAGUUUAACCUUCUUGUUAUGCAUAAGUGGGAUGAACACAAAGACUGGCGUAAUGUGGAUAUUGUUUAAUGAAUAUGAACGAAAUUGAGAAUGGAUCUUGGGUUAAAGGGUGUCACAGAGUUUAUGUGAUUUUGAGUACUCAAGUAUGAUGUAGGAAUAUUUAAAUUUUGCUUUAGCUUUCUGUGUAAAUAGACUCUUAUAUAUGAAAAAUAUGGUGAUCAGCAGGGGUCUUGAAUGAUGAAGACCAUGUGGUAGUUUGACAAAUCUGCAAACAAACUUGCACUCAAUUGCUCAGUCUUGAUAAUUAAUGGUGUCUAAAAAUGAUUUAUUUAUUUUUUAUUGUUUUGUUUUUUUCAUUCUUUUUUUGUGUCAUCUAUCUGGCAUGGUUGUUUAUGUUACAUGUAACUCCAUCAAUUCUUAGAAAUUUAUCUGUUCUUUGUGUCGUGUUUAAUAAAUAUGUCACACAGAGAUGAGGAGUAAGUGGGGGUUCUGUGAGCUGAAAUGUGUGGAUAAUUUUAUACAUUUUCUUAUAUGCCUGCCAAACACCCCCACACCCCCCCUACAGACAUCCCCCAACCAACCACCCACCCACCCACAUCCCCAGUCAUUCAUCCUCUUAUACUCCUCACCUCACCAUGUGUCAAUAUCAGAAAGUGGUUUUCUGUUAUAUGAUGCUUCAUGACAUUAUGUAAUAAUAAAUGUAUGAGGACGUGCAAUUUUUCAUCAGUUCUAUACAUAUGUAAGUAGUGUAUUUAGUAGGAUAUGGUUUUGAAUUUUGUAUUGAUUGAGAAUCCUGUGAAUAUGGCUGGUCUGGGAUGAAGUUUGUGUUCGUUACCAUGACAUUCAGGAGAUGUCAAGGAGCUUGGCAUGCUGGAGGCUCUUCCAUGGGGAGCGAGUGUUACAGGUUUAUGGCCGUGUCUCCACACCCAUAGUCACUGUUACAGCAUUUAUCAUCACCUUAGUGUAAAUAUAAGUACAUAGGUGUACAUAUAUAAAAUUGAGUCAUUGUAAGUAGAGGUCAAGCCGUGCUUGAUCUGAGGGGAACAUGUAGCUUCCCUAACAUCUGAAAACAUGGCAAGGAACUUUCAUUUUCACCUGUUGUAUAACAAGUAGCUGCCAGAACUUCACACCUGCCCUUGUCCAAAUUGUUACCUUGUCAUUUUGAAAAGAAGAAAUCAUGAGGUACAUGUGAGUGAAAAUGUUGUUUUCUAAUGUUGACCUCGAUGCGCGAAGUUUGAUUUCCCUGACAAGCCGUUGCAUUGGUGUUAAAACCGAGUGGUGAGUUACUGUUGGAUGACUGAAAGUUUGGCUGAAUUUUGUUGGUAUCUGCUGUAGAGUCUAUCCCGUUACUUUAUACAGACAUCUGUUGCUCUUUUCUUGUUUUGUUUUGUUUUUAGUUCUUUUUUUUUUUUUUUACUUUUUUGAGGCUGAGGUAUUAAAUGUUGAUUGCCAAGGAGUGUACUGGCCAGUUGUUGAUCAGUGUUAAAGUUGUUAAGAUUUGAAGAUUUGACUGGACCUUACCUGUUACAAAAGGCAUGUUAUAUACAGCUGUAGGCAUGCACAAGAUCAGGUUGAUGCUAGGACACGGAUUCCCUCAUGCAUGUCAUGAGACCCAUUAGAUUUUUGAUAACUUGUUACUGUCAUGAGACCUCGUUAGAUCUUUGAUGACUUGUUACCUUGGGAACAUGUCUAAUAAUGCAGGUGUACAUGUUAAAAAGAGUUCUAUGUGGUUGGGAUACACGGUUUCUGUGCUGGGUAUGGUAUGAAGCAAUCACUGGGAAGAAGGUACAGACAAUUACCCUGUUUGGUUUAGUCUAGGCGUUGGCUGCUUUUCAGAGUAUUAAACUUUCCUGUUGGCCCAGACCAUCUCAGACACACAUUGUUUUCUCUGCCGAUUGCUGCUGACCUUUUGCAUUGCACAUGCAAGCCACGGACUGGAAGCUUAAAACCAAACGUGAAGUUUUAACUUGGCACAUCUCAAAGGUUUUUAUAGGUUUUUUUAAGACACCAGAAAUCAUCAUUUCUUGC